AUGUCCUUCGGUGGCAGCCUUCCACGGGUUGCCAAGGCCGCAUUUGAAUCAGCUGCCGGGUCGCCAUUGGACGCAGCGGACAUUGAGCACCCGCCCCCCCCCCUGCCCGCUGCUUCGCGCUCAUUCCGCAGCUGCGUCUCACAAUGGGCAGGCCUUAAUUGGCCCGCCGGCAUAAAAUCGCGGUGUGCUCCCAAUCGCGGGCAACGGUCAGCUUCCCGACUGCCCCUGCUCGCCUCCACUGAUCCUCUUCAGCAACUGAGGUUCCAGUUGCUGAGUCUAGAGUUUCACCAUCUGAUCGGACUCAGCAGGUUACUUGUCUCCGAGUGCCGAACUCAUCAAAUAAUGUUAUUGCUGAGAAUUCGAGGUGUCCAGCUUUCUAUUUUACUGCAUAUUGUUCUCAAUGCAGCGGAAAGCCAAGACCUGACAGUUUCCCAGACGCCGUCUGCAAUCAAAGCAUUAAAAGGACAGACUGUGAUAAUAAAUUGUUCAUACAAUGAAAACGGAGAACAGCUGAGGAUAAAAUGGGAGAAAAAAGACAGUGCACAAGUGCUUUGUAAUUAUACAUACAAUAAAAAUAUUACAAAGUAUACAUUGGGACAUUGUACGGAACGUGAUAAUAUUACAGUGGAUCUCUCAACACACUCAACAUCCUUAAUAAUCCACAAUCUUCACUUAAAAGACUCCAGCAUUUACUUCUGCCAGGUUUCUAUUGAAAUACCUCCCCCUAUACUAAUAGCAAAAGGUAAUGGCACACACCUCAUGGUGGAAGCUGCUCCCACUGUCCAGUUACGAGCAGAGACUCUGCCUUACCCCAAUGAAGAUCUACAGCUAAUCUGCACAUCACUGGAGUUCUAUCCUGAGAGCAUUCAAGUGUCCUGGUUUAAAAAUGGGCAGUUAAUCACCAAUGGCACUAAGAAUGGGACCCCCUAUGCUAACAGUGAUGACUCAUUCUCCAUGACAAGUUUCCUGAAUCUUUCUGUAUUUGACUGGAAUGAAGGUGGAAAUUAUUCCUGUCAAGUGAACCAUUCAACACUGUCUGCACCCAUCACUGAGAGAAUUUCUGUUAAUGGCCAAGGUAAAGUGUGUCCUAUUGCAUAG